AUGAUAUGGUUCAGCUCUGCACCAGUGUCAUCACUUGUUGAUACUGGUGUCAAGCCUGACUCGUCUCCACUAAAGGAUGAAUCCACUUAUAAGGCCCCUUCAACUCUAGGAGGAAAGCCUCACUCUGUAAGGCAUGUAUCACAUGUGGAGUUCAUAAUAAAUAAAGUGGUGAAAUAUUCCGUACGAGAGACAAGACCAACUUUCCACCAAGGUGUCACAGUAAAUGCGUCAUUCUUGUGGGAUAUGAGUGAAGGCAAACCACUUUUGGCACCAUCAGCAGCAAAUGAUGUAAUCUCCUUCGAGUUUGCCGUUAAAGACCUGCAAUUCACAUUGCAAAAACAUAAAUUUAAAGGCAGCCAGCCAUACAAUAAGUUGGGGAAUCCUAAUCAGCAUCAGUUGCCAUCAAACUGUGGACUUCAUAAGAUUUUUAAGAGCAGGCUAACACAUCAACAAUUAAUAUCAUACACCUCUCUCUAA